AUGUCCUUGAAAGUCUUCGAAAUUGACCCCACUUUGAAAUCGGUCGGAGACCUCAUUUGGGAGCGUGUGAAAGGAUUCAGGUGGUGGAAAGAUGAGCUUCAAAAGCUGGAAGGCGGCAUUUACAAGUUCGCCGGUGGAUACGAUCUCUUUGGCUUUACUUGCCAGGAGGGCAGCAUCACCUACCGUGAAUGGGUACCCAAUGCGAAGCAAGUUUUCCUCAUUGGCGACUUCAACAAGUGGGAAAAUACCACACCUCUAACUUCGGAGGGCUUUGGACGCUGGGCUGUGGAGCUCAAAGAUUGCGAUGGAAAGCCAGCAAUCCCUCACAAGUGUCAAGUCAAACUGAGAAUUGAGACGAAUGACCACACGUGGAUCGAGAGGGUUCCUGCUUGGAUUCGUUUGGCCUGGCAGGAUCAUAACACCAAUCUCUUCAACGGGGUCAUGUGGCAUCCGCCAUCACAAGAGCGGUACAGCUUCAAACACGAAAGGCCAUCCAUGCCGGCGUCUCCAAAGAUCUAUGAGGCGCAUGUUGGGAUGAGUUCCAAGGAGCCCAAAGUGGCGACGUAUUUGGACUUUGCCGAAACGGUGAUACCGCGCAUCAAGCGGAUGGGAUACAACACCAUUCAACUGAUGGCAGUGGCGGAACAUGCCUUCUAUGGAUCCUUUGGCUACCAUGUGACCAACUACUUUGCGCCCUCCAGCAGAUGUGGAACGCCCGAAGAGUUGAAGAGGCUGGUGGACGAGGCACAUGCCUUGGGCAUGGUAGUCAUCAUGGAUUUGGUCCAUGCGCACUGCAGUUCCAAUUCCUUGGAUGGGAUUGCGAUGAUGGAUGGCACCGACCACUGCUACACUCAUGGAGGUCUAAAGGGACAUCAUUCCCAGUGGGACUCCAAACUGUUUCACUACACAAAACAUGAAGUUCUUCGCUUCCUACUCUCGAACAUCAGAUACUGGUUGGAAGAGUUUCGCUUCGAUGGCUUUCGAUUUGAUGGCGUCACUUCGAUGCUGUACCACUCCCACGGCAUCGGGAAAGGCUUUUCUGGGAACUACCACGACUAUUUUGGAGGCGAUGCAGAUUUAGAAGGUCAGAUCUAUUUGAUGCUGGCGAACGAGUUGGUUCACCACACACUGCCAAGUGCAAUCACAGUGGCUGAAGAGGUGAGUGGCAUGCCAACCCUCUGUUUACCAAUCGAAGAUGGAGGCUUUGGUUUCGACUAUCGGCUGGCAAUGGCUGUUCCUGAUAUGUGGAUCAAGUUGCUGAAAGAAGUGCCAGAUGAUUUGUGGGAUGUGGGCUACAUUUGCCACACCCUCACCAACCGACGGUGGAAAGAGAAGUGUAUCGCCUAUGCGGAGUCACAUGAUCAGUCCAUUGUUGGUGACAAGACCAUUGCGUUCUGGUUGAUGGAUCAGGAGAUGUACUAUGGAAUGAGUCUGGCGUCAUGUCCUGAGCCUUCCAUUGUGGUUGAUCGCGGUUUGGCCCUGCACAAAGUCUUGCGACUCUUGGUCUUGGGACUGGGAGGUGCAGGCUAUCUGAACUUCAUGGGCAAUGAGUUUGGGCAUCCAGAGUGGGUCGAUUUCCCACGAGCUGAGAACGCUUGGAGCCACCAUUUCUGUCGCAGAAGAUGGGAUUUGGCGGAUGACGAGGCGUUGCGCUACAAGUAUUUUCAAAACUUUGAUGAGUUGAUGCAAGCCCUGGAAAAUCGCUUCAAAUGGCUGAGCUCGGAGCACGAAUUCGUGACCAUCUGCAAUGGCAUGGACAAAGUCCUGGCCUUCGAGAGAGGAAACCUGGUCUUUGUGGUGAACCUUGAUCCCAAUAUCAGCUUUCAGGGCUACCAGGUUGGCAUCGGCAAGGACCAGGAAAUGCGCAUCGUCCUCGACACUGAUGAGGAGCGAUUCGGCGGACACUGCCGGCUGGAGGAAGGUCAUGGCAAACUCCCCAAGGGAGGACCGACACACAACAGGCCCUCGUCUUGCUACUUGUACCUGCCAUGCCGGACCGCCCAAGUCUUGGCACCAGCUGAUCUCUUGGAAGGAGGCAUCCGCAUCUGGCUGGAUGCCAAGCUGCUGCAGGAGAACAAUAUUUUGGAUCCCUCAGAUGUGAAGCUCGCGCUGGAGAUCCGGGAUGGUGGCAAAAAGUAUCUGAGACAAUUCCGCUUCGACCUGGACGCAUGUGUCAGGCUCCGAGCUUAUUUCGAUGCGGUCUUUGCUCUCAUUGGGCCCACUGGGGCAACCCUGCUCAACUGCCGGGUGCACCCAGAUGGCAUGUUUCACAUCUAUUUCCCUGGCGACUACACAGUCUACUCUGCGGGAUAUUUGGAUGCUGACCUCCCUCAACGACCCUUCAGGGCAGCCAAACUGAGCAGGGAACGUUCCGCCGUGCCAUCCCUUAGCACCGCACAAGAACAAUACUUCGACCCAUCUUUUGAUGCUGGGUUAGUGUACCCUGAUGCGAUGAUCUUGGGGCCCUCUACUUCACAACUAUUGGAGGAGAUGCCAACUCCACCUACCUUUUCACCAAAGAAGACUCCAUCUGCCUCAUCUUUGACCACCCCCAAGCAUGCAAUCAGUGAACCUGAGAGAUCAGAGUCCAGGAUUGAGCCCAAGACGAUUGAUUUCCAGAGCCGAAAGUCUGCCCGAUUGAAGAGCCACAAAGAGACGCAAGCAAAGCUGGGCAGUUUGGAUGACCUGUCAAAGAUCUUCAAAGACUUUGGCUUGCACCACUGCAACGGCGGAUGGCUAUUCAGAGACUGGAUACCAAACGCAACAUAUGUCUCUUUGGUGGGUGAUUUUAAUGGUUGGAAAGAGACUGCAACUCCAUUGAAGAAGGAUGAAAAAGCAGGGCCUGAUAUUUGGUCUUGUUUCAUUGGCUCACCACUGAAUGCUGCAAUGACUAAAGGCAGCCAGUACCGCUUGCACGUGGUACCAGCAGAAGGUGAACCUCGAGAAAUGAUGCCUCUCUGGGCCAUUCGAUAUGCUAUAAAUGCCAAGUCGCAAGCUGUGAACGCCGUGGUUUGGCCAACAAGCAUCAGCAGGGGGCCAUCAAGGAAGGACCUUCAUGAAAAGCCCUUGUCCUUGAAAGGCAAGAAGCUGCACCUGCUCGAAUUUGACAUUACUUUGGUGUCGCAGAAAGAUGAGAAAUCCAGCCUCAAGUUCGCCAGGACUAUCCUGGCCAGGGCAGCGCAUUCUGGUUACCAUGGAGUGGUCAUAGUGGGCCUUUUUCAUGCAGGUGUCAGAGCCACAAGCAGCUUGCUGGCAGCAACUCCUGCUCUAAAGGAUGCCAGCGAUUUCGGAGCAUUUCUGCAGUAUGCUCAUGAUCGGAGUCUUGCAGUCUUCUUGGAAAUCCCAUCACGAGCAAUUGCUGGCAAAUCCUAUUUGCCAAGCUACUUCUUCACGCAAAAGCGUGAGGUAGCGCAGAAGUUUGACUUUGGCAAGAAGGAAGUUGCUCAAUAUUUGCUCUACUGUCUGCAGCAUUGGGUGGAGGCCGGGGUGGAUGGCUUUCGAUUCGAGGGUCUUCCGGGCGCUGCCCUCUCGGAUGACUCGUCUUCUGCGGAUGAUUUCGUGAUGAUUGCGAACGACUUGCUGCACUCUGCUGCCCAGAGCUGUUCGAAGGAUGUCGUGUCCAUUGGCACGGGCAAUUUGGAGGAUGGUCUUUGCGACACUCAAGAUGCAGGCGGCUUUGGUUUUGAUCUAUGGCAGCCAUGCCAUGGCUUAGACUUGAGCCGAUUGGUACCCGGCUCGUGCUGCCUAGACCAAGGAGCCUAUGGUCCGAGAGGAAAGGUGACCCUUGUGCAGAACUUGGUGGAUGCCUUGACGGAGCCAUUGAAGACCAAAGGCCCCAAUCAGCUGCUGACCUUCAUGGAAUCAAUGGAUGAGUUCAUUGUAAGCCAAAGCCCGCUGUCCAUCUGCAUGCUUUCCUGGGAGACCCUCUACACCGUCUCUGGUGGCGCUGCUGCGCCCUAUGUCACCGGCCUGGCGGAGGCCCUGGUCAGGAGAGGCCAUGAGGUCCACGUCUUCACCAGAGCCAGCCAUGGCUUGAAAAUCAACGUGGAGACGGUGAAUGGAGUGGUGUACCAUGAGGUGCCUUACCUGCUGAGCAUGGACUUUGUGGAGGAAACGGCAAACUUCUGCAAGGCGCUGGCAGAUGCCAUCACGCAGUGGGAGGCCGCCUUUGGGCACUUUGACGUAGCGCAUGGUCAUGAGUGGCUGGUGGCGCGCGCUCGCAGCGGUUUGCGAAAGGAUUUGCACUUUGUCCUCACGGCGCACUCCACCGAGGAAGGACGAUCGGCUGGUGCAGAAUUUGGUGGACAGAGUAGUCAAGUUGUGGAGCUUGAAGGAGAGGCCUUCCGCUCCAUCGAUCAGCUUUUUGCGCCUUCGCAGACAGUCCGUGAGAGCAUGUACAGUCAAUAUGGACUGGAGGGGAAAGACGUCUCCGUGAUGCACAAUGGCACCACUGCCCAAAAGAAGAGUUCCAAAGAGGCGCAGAAGGAAGCCAGAGAGACCUUGGGACUUCCUGAAAACUCACCGGUGAUCCUGUAUACAGGUCGAUUGUUGCCCCACAAAGGCGUUGACCUUCUGGUAGAGGCAAUUCCUUUCGUCCUUCAGCACUGGCAUGAUGCACACUUUGUCAUCGUAGGCACUGGGCACCUCCGUGGUAGCCUGGAGCGGCGAAUUGAAGAGCUGGGCAUCGGAAAAGCUGUGACCUUCAAGGUCUCCAAGUGCGAAGGAGAGGAGAAACGCAGAUACCUGGAAGCUUGUGAUGCCGUUGCAGUGCCAUCACGUUCGGAUUUCUACGGCGUGGAUGUGAUUGAAAGCUGGGCCGCAGCGAGGCCUGUCAUCGGCAUUGCUUCGGGUGAGCUACGCCACUUGAUCAAACCGGAUUGCACAGGCUACACAGCGGACCAGGAGUCUGGAAGCUUGGCUUGGGGCUUGUGCAAAAUCUGUGAGAACCGGGAACACGCUUGCUGGAUGGGUCAACAAGGUUGGGAACAAGUUCAACAGAGCUUUCUUUGGGACAACAUUGCAAAACGAACAGAGGAGUUCUACAUCAACAUGCUGGGCUUGCAGGAGGCUCCUCGGGCUCUCGUUCGCCGUCGUCCACUGGCAGCUGCGCUGGGUGCUGAUGCUGUCUGGCUGCUGAGGCUAUGUCGCCUUUUGUCCUUUGCCUUUGGCGGUGAUGCAACGCUGAGCUGCUUGGGCAGUGACUUUGGUUGGCAGGGAAGAGUAGACUACCCGAGAAAAGGGAAUGAUUUCAGCGACAAACUUGCACGAAUACCUCUUGAACUGGCGGAGGACAAGACCGGCAAGCACAAGCUGUUGGUCAUGUUUCAAAUGUGCCUCAUUCGGACAGAGCGCUGCCUUCAAUGGCUUGUGGAUCCUGCACCAGAGAUUCUGCUGAAGGAUGAGAAGAAACAGCUCUUGAUCCUCAGUCGUGGCUGUAGCGUCUUUGCUUUUAACUUCAGCGCGGGGAAGGUGUCCAACCUCAGCCUCAACAUUCCUCGGUUGAAAGGGGUCACCCGUAACUUCAAGUGUGUCUUGAACACGCAGGACCAGCGCUUUGGAGGUGCUGCUUCAGACCCUGCACCCGUGGUGCCUCUGACAGAUGGUGAGAUGAAACUUGUGUUGCUGGCACAGAGUGCAAUGGUGCUGGCUCCAGCAGAAGUGGAUGAUGCAGUGUGCAAGGACAAAGUUCUUCAACUGCGUUCUGCAGAUGAGUUCAUUGAUCUUGUGCAAAACGAUACAGGAGUCAGCCCUAUCGUGUCUUGCCAGAUGCCGACCUUAGACCAGAUGGCAGCUGAAGCCAAAGAUGCUGGCAAAGACGCCACCAAAGCUGACGCUACGGAAGCUGACACUGGGACAGCUGAUACCGCCAAAGCUGACACCACCAAAGCUGAAGGUGCCAAGGCUGAGGCUGUGAAAGUUGAUGCUGCCGAAGCGAAUGCUGACGAAACGAACGCAACAACCGAUGCUGCGAAAGGUCGGCACAUCGCUUGUGCUUCUGGUUUUUCUGCGAUUAUGUCUCGGGCUAGGAAAGCUGACGCUGCGAAUGCUCAGGCUUCGAAACUUGAGGUUGCCAGGAUUGAAAAGAACGUGAUGGCUAAGGCAGUGAGGGAAGAUACGGCAGCCGAUGCGAAGACUCCACGGACUCCAAAGACUCCAAGGACUCCAGCUGAGGACUCCAGAAAGGCCACCCCGGCUGAGGGUGAAGCGAAUGCUGAGCAAAGCAACAAGGACGCAGCUACCGCGGCUGCGUCGAAGCCAAGUGAUGCCGAAGAGGACAGGGUACAAAUCCCUGUGGUGCGUCGAGCUCACGGAGGGGAAGGAAUCGACUAUCCGCCAGAGCUGACAAGAAAGGUCCCGGCCUGCGUGGCAAGGCCAUGUCCAGGAGCCGGCGGUGCCUCACCUGCGCCCCGCGAGCCGUACCGUCCCAAAGCGAGGGCGGCUGUUGUCGGUCUGGCAGCUGCAGCAUCUUCUUUGCGACGCCCAAAGAGGUGUGCAAGACGCGUUCUUCAACCAUUUGCUAUUGAGCCGAUCAACCCGUUUAUGUCGGAGAUGCAGGCCAACGUCAAGUUCUUAACAGGAGAGGGACUUGGUUUGCUGGAUGCUGAAAGUGCUGGGAAAGAGCUUUCGGCCUGUCUAGAGACUUCCGGCAUGGAUCCCAGCGAGGAAAAUCGCCAGAAAUGGCGGGAGUUCUGCUAUGGCUUUGAAAACUUGAAAGAGUACUGCUCCGCAGUUCUAAUGGAGGAGGAAGCACUGAAGUUCACUACUGAUGAUGGCAGGUCUUUGCCCCAAGUCCUGCUGGAUGGCGGUGUGAUGUCUGCCAUGCGAGUGGAUCAGGGCUUUGUGCCGUUGAAUAGCUUUGGCGAAAAGGGCACAGAAGGAAUGGUGAUGCUGGAGGAACGUUGCCAGGACUUCUACGAGUCCGGGGUGAGACUUGCAAAGUGGCGGACGCAAGUUGAGUGCAACCUCGAAAUGCCGACGGAUGUCAGCGUGUGGGAGAACACAGACUGCCUUGCAAGGGCUGCUCGCAUUUGUCAGGCCAAUGGCCUGGCUUUCAUCGCUGAGAUCCAGACCUCCCAGAACACCGGGAGCCACUCAAUAGAGAGGACCGCUUAUGUUUGUGAGAAGGUGCCGGCGCCACCUGGACCUUUGACGCCGCCGCGAACGGAGGAAGAGAUGCGCCGAUUUAUCGCGGAAUAUGACCGCAAAAUUGCUGCUGAAGAAGCCCAGGAAUCAACGGCGUGGAAGACCUUCAACUCCAACGUCGGUGCCUGGCUUGGGGCAGUUGUUGCUGGUGGCAUCCUCUGGCUGUUUUACUGUGUCGACGACGUCAGCAGCACUUUGAGCGAUGUUUGGGCAUACUUCCUCAGAAAGCUUUCAGAAGAGUCUCAACGCCAUGUGCUCCUGCAAGCGGCCAAGUGGAGAGUCUUGCCGAAAGACAUGGACAAGGACGAUCCCUAUCUGGUGAUGGAACCCCUGGAUGGCCUGCGUUUCUUCACCCCGGUGGGCCUAGCACCCGGCCUGGACCCACUGGGGGAGGGCGUCCCGGCCUUCUUCGAUCUGGGCUUUGGCUUUGUGGAGGUGGGGCCUGUGGUGCCUGGGAGUCAUGAUAGUGAUACCCUCCUGCAUCACCUCAGCACCAGAGACUCCAGCCAGCAGAUCGCCCAUUUCGGCCUUUUGGGUGUUUCAAUUGGAGGCACCAAAGAGGAGUUGCUGGAUCAGCUGCGGCGCCUGGGACCUCACGUGCAGUACCUGGCGCUGGAUGCGGGCCGCGUGGAGCGCGCGGAGCGCGCGGAGCCCGCGGAGCUCGUGGCCUCGCUGCGGGAGCUGAUCGGCGAAAGCCUGGCGAUGCCCAAGAUGCCGCGCAUCUUUCUAAGGCUGCCUCCUAGUUGGCCAAAUGCUUCAGCCAGUCAUGAGGCGCGGCGCCUUGCGGUUGGCAACAUCGCUGAAGAGCUCCGGCGAGUCGAAGCAGCAGGGCUCAUCAUCUGUCAUGAUGAUGCAGCUGCAGAGAGUUGCAGUGGCACAGAGGAGUCACGCAGGAUGCAUAGGGAGCUGGUGUCGGAAGCUUUCCAACGAACCAAGGGUGAUGUAGUCAUCAUUGCCAGUGGUGGCAUGCGCCAUGGCCGAGAUGCUCUGGAUGCUGUUGAAGCUGGAGCGAAUGCAGUACAAAUCUCCUCUCUGCUUUUAGCCGAAGGACCUCGGGCGUGUCGUCGCAUAAAGGAUGACUUGGCACAACUUUUGAUGCAAGAGGGCCACAAGAACUUGGAGUCUGUGGUGGGCGAACCCGUGGAAGCACAAGAUUUGAGGCCAGUGCCUUUCAAGUCCAGUGGGUGUAGGCAGCUCGGCAGCUUCAUGAAGAGUCUUUUGGCAUUGGAAGAACCUGACAAUAAAGAUGACCAAGAUGUGAACUUGGAAGCCGUUGCUUUCAGCAUCAACACUUGCGCAGCAGGUCCUGAAGCUGUGGUCCCUUUGAGCGACCAAGUGGCAACGUACACGGUGCGAACCCUUCAGAGGACGCUUCCACCUGCUGUGGGUGCAGUGCUGCUGUUGGCUGGCGACGUCCCUGCGCAAGAGGCCGUCCGGAAUGCAAAGGCUGUUCAGGAUGAGGCCAGUGGUAUGACCUGGAAGAUCGCACCUGUGUAUGGAUUGUCCCUAUUGAAUCCAGUCAUAGCGGCCUUUGCUUGCGGCGAAGAAGGUCCAGCCCGAGAUUUGCUGCAACGUUUGUUGGGUGCUUGCAAGUCAGCCCAAAUGGCAAAAUCGGUGGCACUGGGCUCUUGA